AUGCCGUCCACGCGAUACAAGAGAUUACAAGAUUUGGAUGAAGAUUCGGAUAUUUAUAGGGUUCCAGAAUCAAAUUCAGUUUGUUCCACGUUACUUGGAUUUCUUCUCCUAUUUGGGUUUGUGGCAUGCAUGAUAUUUUUGACAAGUGUUCAAUCUCAUCCAGCAUCAAUAUCAAUACGAGACAGUGGGAAGAACAGUCCUCCAAUGAAACAACCAGAAGAAGAGAACUCGACGAGAACCAAAAGAAAUAUCACGCAAUGGACAGACUAUUAUUUCACACAAGAUGAGUCUCGAUUUCUGAAUUGCUCUGAGAUGAUCAAAGGAAACAAAGAUAUAAUCGAACUGUAUGUGAAUAAUGGACGAAUGAAACUUGACAAAGAACGACUAUUCGAUUUACCAAUGGAUUGUCCAUCAAUUCGAAAAAGAGUUUAUGGAGACAUGCCACCAUUUCGAACAUUGAAGCGACCGAUUGCAUUUGUUCGAACUAUAUACAAAAUCUAUGAACUCCAAGAGGCUCUUCUCUCAUUAUCCUAUCAUCCGGAUAACACUUUUUGUUUUGUAAUGGACGCGAAGAGUACAGAUAGACUUAAAACUUUGGUUCGAGCAAUGAGUAACUGCUUUGAAAAUGUUAUUGUUCUUGGAAAAGAGUACAGUUUGAAUAGUGGUGGACAUGGACAAGAUCCUGCUCAUUUCGAUUGCCUCGAGACUAUUUUGAACAGGAAAUGGGAUCAUGCCAUUAUUUUACAGGCAAGUUAA